GUGAAAAGAGACGCUUUCCCGAGCUUCCUGGAGAAGCAACACCAGGCUUGACACUGAGUGAUGACCGUGGCGUAGAGAGAGAGAAUCGACAGACCGGGAAUAAAAACGCGGAAUAAAGCACACGCCGAGAAGGGAGGAGGGCGAGUUUGAGGAUACCUGCGCGUCUCCUCUCCGGCCGCAGGUGCGCUACAGCCGCUCUAAAAGGAGUUUUUUUAGAGGGGUUGCGAAGCAAGUGAGAGAAGAUAUCUUGCUGGGAUUAUUUCUCAUUCACUUACCCGGUGCCAUCUGUUUUUAUCUGAUCACUCUGAAAGCAAACUUUCCCACCUUGUUGCGACGCUCGCAGUGGCGUUCCAACUCCGUGUUUGACUCGUGAGCUUCACUCGGAGCAUUAUUCAAUUCAUGGACUGCUCGCUCGGACUGUUACUGAUCGCGGAUUACACUGGGCAGCAUCUCUAGUCUAAAGAAAGAAUUCCUGCGAACUCCCAGUUUGUGUGUUGCGACUCAAAGCGGGGUCUGUCCGGCCCGUCUUAAAUACGCGAAUGAAGAGGACAAUGUCUGGAUUAUUAGAGCCGCUGCUCAACCUGCCCAUGGGGAGAGGAGAAGAGUGAGGGAGACAGAAAGAGGUGAAAAGGGAGGAAGAGGUGAAGAAAGAGGCAAGUCGGCGGCAUUUGGCUGCCAUCCACUUAGCACCUUUGCCGCUCGGGGUCUCCAAUUUCUUUUUUACUGGAUACGCGGACAGACAUCAAGAGACGCACGGGGAGGACCUGCGUUCACACCCUGGGCCAGCGGGAGGUGACUGUCAGAAGAAAUGCCGGUCCCAGGUGCCCUAGUACAUCACCACCGGGACCAUGGCAACUGCUUGGCCAAUGAGAAGAGAGAGAUGCUCCCAUGGCUCUGUCUGCCUUGCUAGAUGGUCGGCGUCCUCCUUGAUGCUCCUAUGGUUGCCGUGGUUGUUGCUGUGGCUGCCGUGGCCCGCCCGAGCUGAACAAGUGGGCGGCGGGGCGCACGGCGGGAAGACGCUCCACAGUUCCCUGUCGUCCCCUUCAUCGUCAUCAUCAUCCUCCUCGUCCCCUUCCGGCUCCUCGCCGUGGGGUUUCAGCACGAGGCAGAGUGGAGGGCAGCUGGACUGGCUGCUGUCGGAGAAAGGACCUUUCCACAGAUGUCCAGAGUACACCGAGUUCAGAGAAAGGUUCCAGCAGGGAUUUUCUACCAGAUACAAGAUUUACAGGGAGUUCAGCCACUGGAAGGUGAACAGCCUGGCCACAGAGAAGAGAGAUUUCCUUAAAGCUCCGUUGCCCUUAGCGCCAGAGUUUCUACGCAACCUGCGGUUACUAGGGCGACGGCCAACCCUGCAGCAAAUCAACGAAAACCUCAUCAAGAAGUAUGGGACCCACUUCCUAGUUUCUGCUACCCUGGGAGGAGAAGAGUCGUUGACCAUUUUCCUGGACAAGCAGAAGCUCAACAAGAAGUCAGAAGGCAACAGCAACAGCUCCGUGGUGUCUCUGGAGCUGCUCCAUCAGCUGGCGGCUUCCUACUUCACGGACCGAGAGAGCACCCUAAGGCGACUCCACCAUCUUCAGAUUGCCACCUCUGCUAUUAAGGUAACCGAAACAAGGACGGGUCCUCUCGGCUGCAGCAACUAUGACAGCUUGGAUUCAGUUAGCUCGGUGUUGGUGCACAGCCCGGAAAAUAAGAUCCACCUAAAGGGCUUACAAGAUGUCCUGCCAGAGUUUCUGCGUGGGCGUUUUGUGGAGGCAGCCCUCAGCUAUGUGGCAUGCAACUCGGAGGGCGAGCUGCUGUGCCGCAAUAAUGACUGCUGGUGCCGGUGCUCCCCACGCUUCCCAGAAUGCAACUGUCCCUUUGCUGACAUUAAGGUCAUGGAGGAGAACCUGGAGAAAAGCAAAGAGGCCUGGAACAGCUUCAACCAAGAGUUCAUGGAAUCAGAUGAAUUCAAAGCCUUCCUGAAACGCUUGCCCACUGACCGGUUCUUGAAUGUGUCCACGAUCGCUAAGUUCUGGUCAGCUGACUUGACCCUCCAGAAGCGCUAUGUCCAGCUGGAGUCCAGCACUGCCCUGGUCCUGGCUAAAGCCCAGAAGAUCGUGAGGAAACUGUUCACCCUGAGCAAACGCUGCCCGAAACAACCCCGCAUCAGCCUGCCCAGAGAAAGGCCCGUUGGGUUUUGGCUGAACAGGGCCCAGUCUUUGCUCUACUGCAAUGAGCAUGGAGUGCUGGGCUCCUUCUCUGAGGAGGUGAAGAGUUGUACUUGCCCCGCAGAGCAGCCCACCUGCCAGGGAGUUAUUCCGUGCAUUGUGGGAACCUCCUUCACCUCCUGCUCCCUUUGCGCCACAGACAAUGCCACUCGCUGCGGAGCCUGUCACCAUGGGAACCUCCUCCAUCUUGGUUCCUGCCGACCAAGCAUCGCUGCAUCUCUGGACCACUAUCUGAACUUUGACUUGGACAUGCCAGAUGCUGAGGUGAAGUACCUGCUCCAGCGACUGGACAGCAGGAUAGAAGUCCAUGCCAUCUACAUUAGCAAUGAUGUCCGCCUGGGAAGUUGGUUCAAUCCUGCCUGGAGGAAGAGGAUGUUGCUGACAUUGAAGAGUAACAAGAAUAAGUCCAACCUCAUCCACAUGCUGAUGGGUAUUUCUUUCCAAAUAUGCUCGACUAAGAAUUCAACAUUGGAGCCAGUGCCUGCUGUUUAUGUGAACCCUUUUGGGGGAAGUCACUCAGAGAGCUGGUUCAUGCCAGUAAACCAGCCUGAGUUCCCUGACUGGGAGAGAACUCGACUGGAUGCCUUCGCCACAGCACAGUGCUACAACUGGACUCUGUCUCUGGGCAACAAGUGGAAGUCCUUCUUUGAAACCGUGCACAUCUACCUGCGAAGCCGCAUAGUCACAGAUGAUCCCACAGUGAAUGAAACCCUCUUCUAUGAGCCGUUGGAUUUGGACGAUCACACCUCCAACCUGGGCUUCAUGAAAAUCAACACACUGAAAGUCUUUGGAUACAGCAUGCACUUCGACCCUGAAGGCAUCAAGGAUCUGAUUCUCCAGCUGGACUACCCCUACACACAGGGUACGCAGGAAGCCGCCUUUCUGAUGUUGCUCGAGAUGAGAGACCGUAUUAACCGACUGUCUCCACCAGCUCCACAGCCACUGGACCUUUUCUCUUGUCUGCUACGCCAUCGCCUCAAGCUGUCGGCUGGAGAGGUGGCGCGCAUUAAAGACUCUCUGCAGAUCUUCAACUCCAAGCUUCCCAAUGCUUCCCCGGAACCCGAGCUGGCCCAGCUGUGCAGCUAGCUGGCUUAGCACCAGUUUCAGAAGUGAUAUGACUCUUGGAAAGUGGAGUUUCUGCUUCUGGGACAACCCUAGUGAAUGGAACCUCUUGGAUCCAAAUCGUCUGGAUUGACAGAACACUUUGGGUCACUUAUAACUGAUUUUCUAGUGUCACAUUUUUAUCUUUGACAAACAGUUAUGUUCUAGACUUUUGGGAAGACAGCUGAUCUGUGGACUCUCUUUCAGAGGCUGUUCUCUAUGAGCCUGGAGGCCUACUUUUGCUAUUACUGCCCUGCUUUAGGCAAACUGUGUAACGGGACGAGGCUACGAGGCUGUGUUACGCCAACAGUUACUUUGUGAUUUGGAACUUCAGAGAGACGAUGUCAUUAAGUAUACCUAAGACCUCUGCCUUGCAAAAAUAAAGAUGAUUUUGAUAUGUAAAGAGGAACUCACAAGGAGUCUUCAAAAAUGAGUUAGUAGAAGAGUAUUUCCCCUUUUCUAACCCUAUUUUCUUUGGCUACAGAACAAUCUCGGGGAAAGGGAAAUGGGAUAAUAUUAUAUGUGAUGACUGAGUUGUUAUGUUAUGCUUAACAGUUAAAUUUGAUAACCCUGAACCCCUGUUACUGUCUUUGAAUAUUUCUUUUUAAUUCCUACCUUCCAUCUUAUCUGGCAUUUGAAAACUUGUAAGUAUCUAUGCUUAACAUCUGAGUGAGAAGCCUGUUAGUGAUGUUCUGUCCUUGGUGGCGUGUCUAUACCAAAAGAAGGUAAACACAUUGGCAAAGUGAAUGGCAAAAUAUUGUAAAUGUUGAUUUUCUUUUCUUUUGAGCUGAAAUCCUUCUGACAUGAUAACAAAAAGGUCUGCGGAUAUUGCGCUGUACAUAACGCUCCAUCUAACUCCAAGUUGUGGACAAGUGCACAUUGCUUUUUAGAUAACCAAGUGCAAAGGCAAAAAACAAAACAAAAAAAAAUCUACAAAAAAAUGUUUAUAACAAAACAAACUCAUGCCUUAUAUGGAGAGUCAAUAUUAAGAUAAGAAGCACAUUUAGUUUCUGUGGUUGGUUUCCCAGCAAAAGUUGUGUUGCUUUUUAUAUUUCAAUAUUUCUACCAAGACAGAACAACAGACACAUUCUCCAGAAUCCGUGGUAAUGUAGCUUUUCGAGUUUUUUGUUUUUUUUUGUUUUUUUCAUGUAAAUGCCAGUCACACUUACAGCAGUUACUACUGAUUUUGUUUGGGUGUUGUGAAAAUUUUGAGUCACUAUUCACAGUGCACACCAGUACUUACACACUGUAAUUGUUCUGCAAAAUCCUUCUAUCUCCAAUUAGACAAAUUUACCGUAAUUGAUAGAACUUGUUGGAUUUUUAAUAUGGUUUUAAAAUGUUUUCAAUGGUUUUGUUUAGUCUCAGGUCAAUUAAACUAUGUUGGGUUUUGUUAAUUCUUUAUAUUUAAAAUGUCAGCUGCAGUUACCAAGGCAGUUGGAGUUACAAGGUUUCUGCAGGGCAGUGAUGGUGCCCUUGGGAACUGCAAACUUACCCGAAUGAUACUUGAUAUGAUUUUACAUUUGCUUCACUAAUUUCUCACUGAAAGUCAGUAAACCUUGUAUGUCAUUUUCAGCGGUUCUUCUGUGCUCAGCUUGCUUAAGUAAACACAAAGUGGUUUAUCUACUUGGGAGCCUUUUCUUUGUUUCCAAAAAAUUGUGUCCAAAAAAGUGUAAUAACAUGUGUGCUGUGAAUGAACAUACUGGUGAAUAAUACAGGA